AUGGUGAAGUGCCCAGAUCGCAAAGGUGUCAUUGCGGCACUGGCACAGCUGCUCUAUGGCCUCGGCUGCAACAUCCUGGCAUCCGACCAAUUCACAGCUGAGGAGGGGGUGUAUUUCCAGCGGAUACGCUUCGACCUGACGGACAUGGUGGUGGGCACUGCCAACAAGGCGGUGCUGGAGCGCGCGAUCGCUGAGGUGGCGGACAGGUUUGGGAUGGAGUGGCGCCUGUUCUACGACGGCGCUGUCAAACGCGUGGCCAUCCUCGUCAGCCGCCUUGACCACUGCCUCUAUGACAUCCUCAUCCGCCACAGGGCAGGGGAGCUGAAGUGUGAGAUUCCCAUAAUCAUCAGCAACCACCCGGACCUGGAGGGCAUUGCUACCUCCUUUGGCAUCCCCUUCAAACACCUGCCGGUUGCCCCUGGCAGCGGUCCUGAGGGGAAGCGCUCACAGAUAGAGGCGCUGCUGGAGGAGCUGGGCGUGGACCUGAUAGUGCUGGCCAGGUACAUGCAAAUCUUCAGCGAGGAGUUCUGCUCGCGCAAUGCCAUGCGCACCAUCAACAUCCACCACUCCUUCCUGCCAGCCUUUGAAGGGGCCAAGCCAUACCACAGAGCGUAUGAGAGGGGUGUGAAGGUGAUUGGAGCCACAGCCCACUAUGCGACCAGUGAGCUUGACGCAGGCCCCAUAAUCGAGCAGGACGUGACGAGGAUAUCCCACAGGGACAGUGUGCAGGACAUGAUCCGCAAGGGUAGGGAUCUGGAGAGGCUGGUGCUGGCUAGGGCACUGAGGUCUGUGCUCAGUGACAGCGUCAUGGUGAAUGGCAACAGAACUGUGGUCUUUGAAAUCUAG